UCAAGACCAUACACAUACAACACCUGGAGACGCAUCAAUCAUCCAUCACCUAUAGAACGUUCAUGCCCAUAUUUCUCGUCAUAAUCGGCUAUUGUCCUCCAUCGCAUCGUAUACACACCUACCAAUCAAGCACCGGAGCAAUCAACCUUUCCCGUCAAUACGCUCACUGAUCAAUCACUGAGCAUAGCAAUUGACUUUCUCAGCCUCACAGCCUUGCUCUCAGACCUACAUUUGGACCAACCCAGCCUCGGAGAGUUGACCACUAGGACGGGAGAUAUCGUGUAGCACAGGAUAGCUAGACCUGGGCUCUCUAAGCACAAUGGAGGUAAGAUACUAGUGCUUGUUGCGCCUGAUUUCCCAUGCUUUCUUUUUCUCUCUUGUCUCGACGCUUAAGUGUGCGCUUGACCCUUCGUGUGACCGAUGCAACACGAUACAACAAAGCACAGCACGGCACAGCACAGCGCAACAAUGCUGUCACCUCUAAGGGUCACUCCCAUCCUGUCAGCUCCCGCAAUAUGUCACCAAGCCCUGGCCUGCAUCGAGGUAAAGAUUGGUACUCAGUAGUGGCGCUGGCCACAAAAUUACAGCAUCAGGGUCCUGGCAGCACUCUGGAUGCCCUGAUUCGACGGACAUUCGCUUGGCUGGGCCGCUGCUGUGUAGAGGAGUCUGUAUCACCUCAAGUGAGAGGAUAUGCGUCUCUUAUACAACGCGAGGCGUGGUGAGGCGAGGCUCUAUACGAGCCACGCUGGCCUGCAAGUAUGAGUCCGAGUUGGGGUUUAAAGACCGCUGAAGCCUCAUCACGUCCAAUCCCGGCCAGCUGGAGCCUUCUACGCCUUCAGUUCGCCUGAUAAUGCAAUAGAUGGGAUCCUUUUGCUCCGAUUCAUCAGGUGCUGCCAGUUGGCGGGUAUUUCAUGUCCCUGUCCGUCAGUGCCCAUUGUAUCAACCACUGAUAGCUCGCCAUCUUGGUUCGACACAAAGAAAGAGGACAAUAAAAGGAGAAGAAUCCUCAAGAUAGUUUUGCUGGAUAUCAAGUGACAUGAGCAAACCCGAUAUUCACUUUCACUCUAACCCAAGAACCCAUAACCCAAUACCCUCAACACCAAACUACCCCCUCUCCAUUGCCAUAGCACAAGCCCCAAAAUGUCACUCAGUCCUCCAAUUUACAAUCUUGCGCGCUCCUUUGACGAGGCAGAUGUAUCAUCUGCCAGCGGAACAAGUCCAGCCCAGCUAAAUCUUCAACGUCUUUUCGAACAGUCAAUUAGCGGAGCUUCGGCAUCUAAAAAGGAUGCACAAAAACCUGCCGCCCCCGGACCCAAUUCUGUUGGCGCAGCUCCUAAGGGGAAGCCGCGCUUAUUACUCAUGGGUCAACGAAGGAGCGGAAAGUCAUCCAUCUCGAGUGUAGUCUUCCACAAGCUGCCCCCGAACGAGACUCUAUUCCUUGAAUCAACGGCUAGAAUUCAAAAGGACUCCAUGGCGUCAUUCAUGGAUUUCCAAGUCUGGGACUUCCCAGGCCAGAUCGACGUCUUUGAGAACCCAGGAUUCGAUAUUGAGGCCAUCUUCAGCGAGAUUGGAGCCCUCAUCUGGGUCAUCGACGCCCAGGAUGACUACCUCGAAGCCGUCAUGCGCCUCAAUACCACGAUCCUUUUUCUUCAGCGAACAUACCCCAACAUCAAUAUUGAGGUCUUCAUCCACAAGGUUGACGGCCUCUCAGAUGACUACAAGCUCGAUAUUCAGCGCGACAUCACCAUCCGUAUCCAAGAUGAGUUGUCAGACCACGGCUUUGAGAACGCCCCCGUCACCUUCCACCUAACCUCCAUUUACAACCAUUCUAUUUUCGAGGCUUUCAGCAAGGUUAUCCAAAAGCUCAUUCCUCGCCUUGGAACGCUGGAAUCCAUGCUUACCAACCUCUGCCGCACGUGCCGUUUCGAAAAGGCAUACCUCUUUGAUGUGCUUACAAAGAUCUAUAUCGCCACUGACAGCGCAACUGCCGAUAUGGCGAGCUACGAGAUCUGCAGUGAUUACAUCGAUGUCAUCAUUGAUAUAACUGAGGUUUAUGGUACGUGGCAGCGCAGUGAUGAAGGGCGGCGUCGGCUGGAGGGUGAACCGUGGAGCGCGCCUAUCGAUAAACAGAUUGGCUGCAACACUGCAGAAAGCUGUCUUGUCCUGCACGACGGAAACAAGCCCAUCAUGCUGCGUGAGGUGGAUCGUUACUUGGCCCUUGUUGCUAUUAUGAAGGAGGACUCGUACGAUAGCAUGCCCCUGGUUAACAUGAAUGUCGAGGCCGUUGUUGAGGGAUUGACCGAAUUCUUCAACAUCACUAAGCCCCGGCAGCAGUAACUCGACUGCCAUGACUGAAAGGGGGAGGGACUUCAUAUUUCUGUUCUACCUUGUAAAUUAUUUAGGCUAGCGUCCUUUUCAACACCUGUUUUUGAGAGUCCAUGACGCCGGGUUCGGAUUUCCUUCGAAGUACCCCCAUUUCUGUGUUGAUAUUCAUCGAAGUGAACCACAUGACAGCCUGAGCUACGGAAAAGUAAAUGUUUUGAUAGUGGUGCGAUUACUCUCAAGAACGCAGACUCUCGGGGGCAUGUCGCCCCUGACAUUAUUCCUGUCGUUAACCUCCAUACGCAAUGGUCUAAACACUGACUUCUCAGGAAAAGAGUAGGCCGUGAAUCCAUCAA